AUGGCCGCUGUGGUGCGUGUGAGCGACGUGCAGGACGUGCGUGUCCCGCGCGCGGAGCUGCUGACGAGGCUGCGUGCGCGGCAGGGCGUGUCGCUUGUGCCGGAGCACGAGCUCGUGCGCGAUGUGCUGUACCUGUUCCAGGGCAUGUCGGGCACGCAUGUCCGGUGGCGCCACGAGUGGCAGCUGCCGUCCGACGACGGGUCGCGGCCGGCGCACAUGGACAUGCGCCUCGACUUUGACGAGCAGUAUGGCAUGAUUGCGCCGCCGACGCGCGCGCUGAUCCACCGACUCGCGGAGCUGGGGCAGUUGUACGAGCGCGUGCAGCGCUACGUCGACGAGACGCAGCAGACGAAGGCCUCGCUGCACCUGGCCGCACAGAGUCUGUGCUACUUUCUCGCGAACGAGCUGCACGCACACUGCGAGCUCGUGUCGGCGUGGGAUCGCACCUGGCACGCGCAGGUGGAAGGCGACGGCGGCCGGCCGCUGACGCUGCAGCGUCUCGCGUCCUGCACGCACGAGCCUGUGAUGCGGAUGCGCCUGAUGAGCACGAUCGUGGCCAGCUGCGAGCACGCGCAUGGAGGCGCGCUUGUGUCGACGAUACACACGUACACCCUCACCGGCCACCCGUUCAUUCGGCGGUACACGGCGGCGAUGCUGGAUCAUGUGUCGCGGCCGUUUUUCCAUACGCUGUCGCGGUGGCUGUACUACGGCGAGCUGGACGAUCCGUUCAGCGAGUUUUUCGUGCGGCGUGCGACGGCGCCCGCCGAGCGGCCGCACGUCGUCGACGAUCUCGUCGUCACGUCCGAGCAGGGCGUGGAUGCCGCCGACGUGUGGCACCAUCGCUUCGUGCUGAGCCGCGAUAUGCUGCCGACCUUUUUGAGCGAGCACUUUGCGCGCAAGAUCUUCUCGACCGGCAAGAGCCUGCACUUCCUGCGCGAGUGCUGCCUCGAAGGCAGCGCGCCGUCGCGCCACCGGCGCGAGCUGCGGUACUCGGACAUGGCCGGCCUCGAGCAUGCGAUUGACGCCGAAUUUGCGCUCGCGAGUGGCCAGCUGUGCACGCGCAUGCUGCGGGCGUUCCGCCUCUUUGAUCAUCUGCGGGCGCUCAAGUCCUAUCUGCUGCUCGCGCAGGGCGACUUUGCCGAUGCGCUUCUCCAGACGCUCGGGCCGAGUCUCUCGCGCCCGGCGUCGACGCUGUACCAGCACAAUCUGAGCGCGGCGCUCGAGACGGCGAUCCGCGCGUCGAGUGCGCAGUACGAGGACCCCGAGAUCCUGCGCCGCCUGGACGCGCGCAGCCUCGAGUUUGGGCCGGGCGACACGGGCUGGGACACGUUCACGCUCGAGUACCGUGUCGACUCGCCCGUGAACGCCGUGCUCGAUGCGUCCGCGAUGGCCGGCUACCAGCUCCUGUUCCACUACCUGUGGCACAUCCAGCGCGUCGCGUCGCGCAUCAGCACCGCAUGGACGCAGCUGCUGAGUGUGCAGAAGGAAGUCGCGCGCAGUCGGCACCGCCGAGCGCUCGGCCAGCCCCUCUUGCUCCAGCUGCGCGCGACGCACGCGCACCUGUGCGAGAUGGUGCACUUUGUGCGCCAGCUGCAGAGCUUUAGCGAGCUCGAGGGGCUCUCGCAUGCGUGGCAGCGCCUCGAGCACGACCUGCUCGUGUCGCCGCCGACCGACCUGGACCACCUCAUCGAGAUCCACCGGACGUAUCUGCACACGCUCAUCCACACGACGCUCCUGCGCGCGCCCGGCAGCGGACGCCGCACGACCGAUCACCUCGCGCACGAUGUGCGCGCGCAGCUGCACUGCAUCCUCGCGUACGCCGACGCGACGGACGAGCUCGGCAUGUAUGUGACGGCCGAGCUCGCCCGCCUCGCGAGCGAUGCCACCGCGCCCCUCGCCGCGGCGGCGCGGACGCACGCGCACGUAUCGCAGCGCCUCGCGACGCACCACACCGAGUUCGUCGAGCGCCUGCACACGAUGCUCGCUGCCCUCGAGCGGCAUCCCACGCUCACGGUCCGCGACCUCGCGCGCCGCUGGAACUUUAAUGCCGUGUACCAGCGGCGCUCGUGA